CCGUUUUCAUCUCUCCCUGUCUGGCUCCUCUGGGUGAUAGUCAUUGUUUGUCUUCUCUUCGUUGGGGCAGCCUCGUUUCUCCUGAAGGAUGUCGGGCCUUUUGACGACUAAUUCCAGCUCCGUGCUCCUCCUGCUGUCUGUCUCCCCGACCCUCCUCCUCCUCCUCUUCCUCCCGCUGCUGCCGCUGGACGCCAAGUCAUUGUCCGCUGCCCAUGGCGUGGCGGGGCGUGGUCUGGACGCCACAGGAGGCGGGGUCAGGCGUCUCCGCAGAGACCUCCGUGAUUCGCUGCCCUACGAGGCCGGGAUGAUGUCCUAUCCUGGGGAGUCGGCUGACGUCCUGACCCGGCGGGGUAACGAGCUGCUCUAUCAACCAGAGGAGUGGAGGGGGCAGGGCUUAAGCCAUGCUGUGCAGCAAUUGGUGGAGAAUGACGAGAGGCAUGAACAGGAAACGGCGUACCUGGCCGGGUUGCUCCGCCUCCUCAGUGAAGCUGAAGGAGCUGCCGGAGAGGGUGGAGGUGAGGAGGACCAUGGGCCAGGGGACUUCCAAGGGCCCUAUACCCGUGACUACGAUGAGACAGAGCAGGGGAUGAGAAUGGGAAAGCCCCAGGCUGCAGCUCCAUGGCAGGGCCUACUGGACCCCCAGCUCACCCAGGCUCUGCUCAACAGAUACAGGCAGGAGAGGCUGCAGCAGCAGGCCGGGUUACCAGGUCUACCAGCCGCCAUCAACAGGUUUACAGAUGACAGGCUGGAAACAGGCAGCCAGGACCAAGACCAGGAGGCUCUGAGAUACCUCGUAACCAAGAUCCUGUCCAGCAUUAGUCCCAACAACCCCCAGGGUUCGUCAGGCCGCCGGGCGAGGAGGGACCUGGUGUCUGUGUCUGGUGGUGGGGGUGGAGGGGUCAGAGCAGCCUCAGAACCAGUCUUCCACAGAUCCCGUCGCUCCCUGGUCUCCCUUCCUACUCCCUCCCCCAGCCGGGAGCCCUCUCCGGGGCUUCUGAGGGUCAAGAGGCUGGGGUACAUGGAAGAGGGCCCUGGAUGGCUUGGGGGAGAGAGGGAGGGCCACAAGACCCCAAACCAUGCUGUGGGGUUACAGAGGAUGAAGAGGAUCGACACCGAACUACAGGCCCAGCCUGGUGGGAGGCCCAGCCGCAGGAGAAGAGCCCUGAACUACGACCCCCAAGCCCUAACCCACGACCCCGAGCUGCUGGUCCAACACAUCCUACACUACCUGCCACAGUAGAGAGGGAGAGAUAGAGAGACGGAGAGAGAGAUGGAGAGACAGAGAGAGAGAUGGAGAGACAGAGAGAGAGAUGGAGAGACAGAGAGAGAGAUGGAGAGACAGAGAGAGAGAUAGAGAGACGGAGAGAGAGAUGGAGAGAGAGAUGGAGACAGAGAGAGAGAUGGAGAGACAGAGAGAGAGAGAGACGGAGAGAGAGAUGGAGAGACAGAGAGAGAUAUGGAGAGACAGAGAGAGAUAGAGAGACAGUGAGAGAGAUGGAGAGACAGAGAGAGAGAGAUAGAGAGACAGUGAGAGAGAUGGAGAGACAGAGAGAGAGAUGGAGAGACAGAGAGAGAGAGAUGGAGAGACAGAAAGAGAGAGAUGGAUAAACAGAGAGACGGAGAUAGAGAGAUGGAGAGACAGUGAGAGAGAUAGAGAGAGAUGGAGAGAGAGAAACAGAGAGAGAUAUAGAUAUAGACGGAGAGAGAGAUAUAUAGAGGGAGAGAGAGCGAUAGAGAAGCAGAGAGAGAUAGAGAGAAACAGAGAGAGAGAUAGAUGGACAGAGAGAUAUGGAGAGAGAUGGAUAGAGAGAAGGAGAGAGAGAGAUGGAGAGAUGGACAGAGAGAUAUAUAGAGGGAGAGAGAGCGAUAGAGAAGCAGAGAGAGAUAGAGAGAAACAGAGAGAGAUAUAGAUGGACAGAGAGAUAUGGAGAGAGAUGGAUAGAGAGAAGGAGAGAGAGAGAUAUAGAGGGAGAGAGAAGUAGAGAGAGAUAGAGAUGGAGAGAGAGAGAGAAGCAGAGAGAGUAAGACAGAUGGAGAGAGAUGGAGAUUUGGAGAUACAUGGAUAGAGAGAGAUAGAGAGAUAGAAAGAUAGCCUCAUGCUUAUUAACAGUGUAGUAACACCUUCUAACACUCUAUAUAUUAUAAUAUUCAUAAAUGUCUUUGAAAUAAAGCUUCAAUCAAAGUA